CAGCAGGGAGGUGUAUGGACAUUCCCUGCAGCAUCAGCAGCAGAGCAGUGGCCGGCUCUCCCCGGCGGUAGCGAAACGCCGGGUGCCGACGGGCGCUCCCGGCCACCGUACGCGCGGGGAAGAUGGCGGCGGCGGAGCCGCAGGCCCGCUUCGGGCAGUCGGUGAAAGGUUUGUUGUCGGAGAAAGUCUCCGCCUGCACCACGGACGUGAUCGCGCUCACCAAGCAGAUCCUGAAGGGUUCCCGCAGCUCCGAGCUCCUUGGUCAGGCAGCUAGAAACAUGGUGAUGCAAGAGGACUCCAUACUACACUCUGAGGAUAGCCUACGUAAAAUGUCAAUUAUAACAACACAUCUUCAGUACCAACAAGAAGCUAUACAGAAAAACGUUGAACUUUCUACAAACCUUCAGGACCAACUGAAGCAUCUCUUAAAGUGAACUGGAAGAUGGCAAGAUAAUAUUACUCCCUGAUGAAGCCCUGGGUGGAAGGUGGGGGGGUGGAAAAUGGGUGGGUGGGGUGGGGGGAAAGAGAGUGUUGUCUGAGCUCUCGAUACAGCAAGGAUCAUGAAUGUUAACACACCUUCAUUAAGCUUUCACGAGCAGCAUCCAGAUCCUUCUCAAGUGUGCUGCUUGGACCUGGUGCUGAUAAGAAGCACACGGCAGCUUCUGUUCUUGAGGAACACAUAUGUGGUCAUGGGGCAUUGGAAAAGUUGACUGUGUAAAUAGUAACUUAAAGCGGCAAUAUUGUCGAUGGUUCAUUGUGUUGCUGGGUCGGUGUUUGGCGGGAAGUGUUGCUGUUGUCGUGUCAAGGGUGAUGCUUAAAACACGUUUGUGUUUUUUAAUAAUUAUAUUUGCAAUACCAGUACUAAAUUCUGUGUUAUCUUCAAUGGCUGAAUCCAUUAUCAUCGGUCGAAAUUGACUGUUGUAUUGUCAGGCCACUGGUCUAACUUCCAUUGACCUAUCUGGCAGUCUUAGCCUGGAAUAAGACGAGAAUUAAUUUGUAGUUAAUUGGAUAUUUUCUGUGUCCCAGCAACACACAGUUGGCUAUGUAUCAAUGCUAUGCUGUUAAUGUGUAUGGUCAAAUCUCCAUGUGAAAUCAUGAGUUUAACUUGAACUCAACAGGUACAAUAUUGUAUUUAAUAUUUAUUGGAAUCAAUUUUGAUGCUAUAUUGUAAAGGAAGCUUUGGAAGUUUAUUACACUUACUGUGUAUAAAACUCACUGUUGCAUAGUUACAUCUGUCUCUUCAAUGGAUGUGUUGCUUACAUUUCACAACAUCCUUCAGCUGAAGCUGAGAGCUCUCCCUCCUGAGGGAUUUAUUGGCAGAUUUUUGUUCUAAUCGCUGUCUCUGUAUGUGUCCGUCCUUUCUCAUUCUUGGUGUUGACCCUUCCAGCCGCAGACAGGAAGUGUUUACGAGGCACCAAGUGAACAAGGCUGCUUGAUGUUAUAUUGCUGCAACUAUUUUGCCUGAGGCCAGUUAGAACUGGUGGCAGGUGCUCAUCAACCUGUAGACUGAUGUUGGAACUGAGCAGAGGUCGACAAUGUGGUCCAUACAGGGAGGCUUUGACCGGAGUGUCUCUGCUGUCUGGGAUCUUUACCUCGUAUAUUCCCGCAUCCUUCCUGUUGGAUUUGGCAAAAGGCUUAAGACAACUAAAGUUAGGGAAUAGAGGACAGCCUUGUCUAACAGGAUUUGAGUGGGGAGCUUUGUGUUUCCCACCCAUUAAUUUGGACACCAUUGCUGAUGUCUGUAGAGCAUAGUUUUCAAUUGUGGACUCCCUCCCCAAGCCCCAUUUUGGAGAUAAUGUCUGUCAUGUACAUGUAUGAUAGAAUGUCAAAGACCUUGUGGUCCAAGCUAAGCAAACGUCCUACACAUAGGUGAUGGUAUCUGAGUAAUGUUAUUAAAGACCUUCCUGCUGGGUACAAACCAGGUGAAUCGACAGCCCCAGAAAAGACAAAAGUUAAUUGGUGAUGCUCGUGGACAGAACCUCAUCAUCCACAUUAUGCAGGUUGGAAGACUACUAAACCCCUGGUUCCCUGAUGCACUGGUGGGAAGCAGUAAAAGCAAACAUCAUGAGGUCCAUCUUGCCUCUCCACUCUGUCCUGAUGCAGGGUAUUGACCCGGACCAUUGACAAUUCCUUUCCCCCUGACAAAUGCUGCUCGACCUGCCGAGUUCUUCCAGUAGAUAGUUGGUUGCUCCAGACUCCAGCAUCUGCAGUCUCUUGUGUCUCCAUCAUGGGGUUCUUCCACCUCAGAAGUUUUCAGAGAGAGAGUUCACCAAUUUAUGAUCCCUUCCCCUUCUGUUUGUAAAUGUGAGUGAUGGUGCCCUUGUGGAUUUUGAUGUGCUGCCAGCAAGAGAAACAGUGCCAUACACUUCCAGGUCUGGCUGGAUUCUGACACAUGCAGCCAAGUACAACUCAGCUGGUAAGACAUCACUUCCAAGAGUUUAUUCAUUCUGGAGGAACGGGUGGACCUUGUCAGCUCAUCCAGGGUCAAUGACUGCUUCAGACUUGUUAUCUGAAAAGUCUGAGGUAGAAGAUGGAAAGCUGUGCUGUCUGUGGCCUUGAUGUUAUAGAGCCAGGCAUAGAAAGAUCUGCAGGUCCUUAAACAUAUCAAGCUGUAAGCUUGAUAACAAAAUAUCAAAAAAAAACUGCUGGAGGGACUCAGCAGGUCAUGCAGCAUCUGUAGAGGUAAGGAGAUUGUCGAUAUUUCGGGAUGAGACCCUGCACCAACCCAAAAGUAUACUUUAUCUGUAACAUUUACAAAUACAUAAUACAGUAGUUCAUAUAUCCCAGCACUUGAGGCACCAAUUGCCCUCAUUUGGCUCUCUUGGUUAAGCCAUAUUGUUUAAAUGCCUGACAGCAGAUUCCCAAAACAGAUACUCUGUUCUGAGCUCUGUCCAAGGGAAGAGAUUACCAGGUGGACAGGAGAUCCAAAGAUGCUCGAUGCAGGGUCUCAACCUGGAAUGUCAACCAUCCCUUUGCCUCCUCAGAUGCUGUCUGAGUGGCUCCAGCUGUUUGUUUUUAGCUCCACAUUCCAGCAUCUGCAGUCUCUUGUGUCUCCAAGCUAUAAGGAUGCUAUUAAGUCAUCUUCUCCCUUCAGACUUCUGAUCACAGGUUUCUUUCCGUGAACCUUUUGGAAGAAGAAACACAAGGAUGUCUCAUCCUGCUCCAUGGAGCAGACCCUAGAUCAGAAGAUGAUCUUGCAGGUCCCCAGGGCAGGGAGCGAGGUUUGCUGGAUCUUUACUUCCUGGAUUUCCUCCUCAACAUCCACCCCCAUCAGUGACAGAAGGAACAGACUCUGCAGGCUUUUCUUGAGUCAUCACAUUUCCCUCUGAUUCUCUCCUCCUGUUUUGCCCAAAGGAUUUAUUGUUCCAAGUAAUCUCUCUACACAAAUGAAUCCAGUUACAGGUCAGCAGCCGUUUUCCCUCAGAGACUGUGGUGUGAAAGGUCAUGGCUGUCAUGUGACACCAAGUACUAGUUGAAAGCGACACCACUGUCCAUCAAGGUUUGGCUCCACCCACUCAUUAGUACACACUCUUGGCCAUUGGUCCCCGUGCACACAUUUUGAACCUGGCCAUGACCUAUUGGACCUGUUGAAUUACCUGAGCUAGCUCCACCCAGCUCCCCAGCACUAUAAAGAAUGCCACGUGUGCGUGGCUCUUCCUCUUUUUGAUUGCUGCAGGAGUCAAAACCACGCUGAGGGACCACUGGAAAGAGUGUGCGCUUUCACAGGGGUUUAGGAGCAUCCUAAGUAGAUUCCCGGUAGCGUAGAGCCAAUGCUUGUCCAGAUUCAGGGGGUUCAGGCACUGUAUUGUGUUUUCCCUGAUCGUUUGUAACUAGUUUGCUCUGUGUGUGCGUGCGUGCGCACACUUCACCCCCGUUGCGACUCCCCUCAUGUUUCGCGAUCACCCGUGUGCGAGUGUGCAUCCGUUCCCGUUCAUUCUGUUCUCGCAUUUGUCUUUGUUAAUAAAUCCUUUUCCAAAA